CGUCGUCCUCAACGCCGACACUGGCACACCUCAGCAACCGCCCGCCGUUUCCUUUCCUCUUCGCUCUCUUCAUGGCAUCUCUAUCUUCCCGGCAAAGCACACCGAACUCGGUGCAACUGGGUCGGAUUCGGGUCUUGAAGGAAGGAUUUCGAGGGUCGGAUCAAGCUGUGGGACCUGUGGUUUAUUGGAUGUUUAGGGAUCAACGAGUGAGAGACAAUUGGGCUUUGAUCCACGCUGUUGAUCAGGCCAACAAGGCCAAUGUCCCUGUUGCUGUAGCGUUCAAUCUCUUUGAUCAGUUCUUGGGGGCCAAAGCGCGCCAAUUAGGGUUCAUGUUAAGGGGAUUGCGUCAACUCCAAAUUAGUAUUGAAGAGACCCUUCAAAUACCCUUUUUCUUGUUUCAGGGCGAAGCAGAAGAGAAUAUAGCAAACUUUCUGAGAGAAUGUGGGGCUUCACUUUUGGUUACGGAUUUCUCACCUUUGCGUCAGAUUCGGAGAUGCAAAGAUGAGCUGUGCAAGAGGGUGAGUGAUUCAGUGACCAUACAUGAGGUUGAUGCACACAAUGUGGUGCCUAUUUGGGUUGCAUCAGAGAAGUUGGAGCAUGCUGCUAGGACAAUAAGAGGUAAAAUUAAUAAACUGCUCUCUGAGUACCUCACUGAUUUUCCUACACUGCAACCACCACUUAGAAAGUGGGGUGCGACAAAUCAGACAAUUGAUUGGGACAGCCUCAUUGCUGAUGUGUUGAGGAAAGGAGCUGAAGUUCCUGAAAUUAAAUGGUGCGAACCAGGGGAAGCUGCGGCAAUGGAAGUAUUGAUGGGAAGUAAAGAUGGAUUCUUAACGAAAAGAUUGAAGAAUUAUUCCACAGACAGGAAUAAUCCUUUAAAGCCAAGGGCUCUGUCUUGUCUGUCUCCAUAUCUGCAUUUUGGGCAGAUAUCUGCACAAAGAUGUGCCUUGGAGGCACGUAAAAUUCGAAAUGUUCAUCCCCAGGCGGUUGAUGCGUUUUUGGAAGAGUUGAUUGUGCGUAGAGAACUUGCUGAUAACUUCUGCUUCUAUCAGCUUCAUUAUGAUUCACUAAAAGGGGCAUGGGAAUGGGCACGUAAGACCUUGACGGAUCACGCCUCUGACAAGCGAGAACUUAUUUACUCGAAGGAGCAAUUGGAGAAGGCACAAACACAUGACCCUCUUUGGAAUGCUUCACAGUUGGAGAUGGUUCACUUUGGGAAGAUGCAUGGUUUCAUGCGUAUGUACUGGGCAAAGAAGAUUCUCGAGUGGACAAAGGGACCUGAUGAAGCCCUUGCAAUAUCCAUAUAUCUAAAUGACAAGUAUGAAAUAGAUGGGAGGGACCCAAAUGGUUAUGUUGGUUGCAUGUGGUCAAUCUGUGGAGUUCAUGAUCAGGGAUGGCAAGAGCGACUAAUUUUUGGGAAAAUACGCUACAUGAACUAUGCUGGAUGCAAAAGGAAAUUUGAUGUUGAAGGUUAUGUUGCCUACAUCAAGAGACUAGUUGGUGAAAUAAAGAAGAGAAAAGCAGUAAACGACCUAGGCAGAAACCCUAAAGAGAUAUGCAGCUAACUUUUUUGUUCUCUUUGCAAUUCACAUCACAGUUUCCUCAAAUUAGCAGAUACUAAGCUUAGAAUGUUCGGUUCGGUGAGGAGUUUGAUAGUUUCGAAAUUGUAACCCAAACAGCUGCAUUUUAAUUGUUCUUCCUAAGCUGACGGGAUGGUUAAAAAGUCUUCUAGAACUAUACUAAUGCUUACUGUAAUUGCUAAUAUCGUUUCCUCCGUGGUAUUACUUGAUAAGCGUGACAUACAACUAGAAGUCUAGAAACCUAGAAAGAACAGAAUUUUUCCUCUGAAGUAAAUUCUUCAUGACUGCACUAAGAUUGGAAGCAGUAAAUGAAGCAAAACUGG